AUGACGAACACAUCGCCAUUCCAUAUCUACACACAGCUGCGGCAGAUUCGGGAAAGUCUUACAUCCCCCGUACCAGACCUUGAUGCUCUCCUUCAUCUCCUAUGUCUUCCUCUUGACUUGUUAAACCUGCUUGACGAUAGUCUGCGACAAUAUGGCAGUUCUGUUCGUCCACCGCCAGAGGUCAAGAGGACAAUCCUCCUCAAAUGGAUCCCCUCCCUUCAGACCACUAUCCUGGAACGUAUUGUCGUAGACUGGUAUGAUGCUCUGAAACAGGAAGGGAAUCUGGAACACACAAUAACGCAAUACUUUGUUCCAAGCCCAUCAUCAUUCCUCGAUGCUUCUCUCGUUGGGAUGUCAGCGUAUGACAUCCUGCUGAACGCGAUAUCUCGCCAUGGUCCUAAGAAGGAGUAUCGAAUAUUGCCGGAUGUGACAAUUCAUUUUAUUCUCAACAUGUUGAGCCGCUUGUCAGUGCAAUAUACAUUGGACACUCUACAUCAGGGAAUCUUUGACAACGGCCUCGACGCGGAUUCUCAAGACCUCCUGUGGAACGACUGCGUGAAGAACCUGGUUGUGGUACCUACAAAGGUCGCGAACUAUAUUCAGGGCAACAGUCCAGCGGUUCCUCACUCGCUAUUACCAUCAGAAUACUUCGAGAAGCUCUGUCUCAGUGCAGAAACGAUAAUCUACCGAUUAUCGAAGUCCACGAAUUCUCAUCAGCAGAUGUCUUGUCUGAUUGAUUCCAUGAGCUCGUUGCUCGAAAAGCUUUUACGUAUCGGCCUCUUCCCGUCGGAUUAUCGCACUCAGCCCUAUUCAUUCUUCAAUACUGCACUUGGCAUCAUAGAAAGACGCAUCCUGGUAACACCGGAUACCGAGGGGGGGACGCCCUCGCUGUCAUACUCUUUUCUAUGGCAACGGCUGAUCGCUUCGUUAACCUCGAUGGACUCUCAGCAAGUGAUUCGAUCGCUCCUUUCUUGUCUUGACCUGCCUUCCGCCCUGUCUCGUUCAACAUUAUCUAGGCAGACGAUUAAGCGCACGGCCUAUCUUCUCUGUCGCAUAUUUGGACCAUUGUCACAAACGUCCGAGUCCGGCAAGGAACGCUGGCAUAAUGUGAUUGGGCUGACCGUACUGUCAACCAGAUCAGAAUGGAACGGCGGUGUUUCACGCAUUAUCGCCUGCUGGGCAAGUGGACUGGCCAACGGCAGCGUGCCAGAUAUCAACUCAAUGGAAUGUCUCGCCGAUGCUGCCCUCACGGUAUGGACAGAUGUCGCCUUCAUCAAAUACUCGAAUCGUAUUCGUCACGAAUACAUGACUGUGAUGUUUUUGCUGGCUAUAUCCUAUCUUCCGCCCAAGUCAGACAAACUGAUAAACUUAUCCCUAAAUCCCAAGUUUCUACAAUCCAUGACCGCAUAUAUGGAACACUCUGAUCCAUUCAUCCGUCGAUUAGGGCUUCUUGUUGUGGAGGUUCUCAGUGCUGCUACAAGGGUUGAAGGAAAGGCUCUCACCUUUGGGACAGAGAUGUGGGAAGGUGAUGAUGAAGGAAAGGAGUUCUGCCGAGAGCUACGAGCCCUGAUUGUGGAACGAGAUGUAGAUGCCGAUCUGACGUCGGAAGCCGCUGGAGAGCCUGUUGCGGAGGUCCAACAGGCGCCCUCUGUACCAUUUGAUGUCUCCUUGUCUCUGACAAACCCGACUCGACAACUCGAACCUGACGAUUCGGACGAUGACUCGUUGAUGGGGUAUGACUCCGUUGAGGCCUUGGUCUCCGCACCCAGUAUGGAGGAGCUUGAUGAAAACGAGAAAGAUCCUACCCUCAACAACGGUAAAACGAAGAAAGUACCCAAGCCCGUCUAUUUGGCGGACUUAGGCGCGUUUUUUCAGGAUUCAAAGGACCCAGACAGGCUGCAGUUGGCACUAUCGUCAGCAGUAGAACUGAUACGACGCAAGAAGAAUUACGGAACUGAGCUUGAGGAAAAUGCCGUCAACCUGGUACAUGCUGCUAUUGCUCUACAAGACGACCAGAGCCUGCCAAACUUCGAGCAGAAUAGACAAGGAAUGUUGAAUUCCCUUGUCGCUUGCUGCCCGAAAAAAGCAACGGUUGCUAUCAUCGAACAAUUCUUCAACCAUCAAUAUUCUGUUGUACAGCGAUCGGCCAUGCUGACAGCUUUGGUGCAUGGUGCACGGGAGCUGGCCGGCCUCGGAGCAGCUUCAGAACAAGUCAGCUUUCCAGCCAAGCACGCCCAGUUGAUUCUCAUGGCCGAAGAUGCAUCCCUACAACGAGCAAUCCAAGGGAUUUCCGAUCUGAUUAUUGAUAAACAAGCAAGCAUCGCCGAAAGCGCUCUGCCCGCAAUUGCUCGAGAGAAGAAACUCCGCAUUCGGAGGACACUCAAUGCCGCGACCGACAUCAAUGCGCCACAUCUUCCUUCUCCCGUGAUGGCGUUCAAGGACCUCGCGGCAGAGUUCUUCAUUGCGCCGUUCGUCAAUCGCUUUUGGAUGUACUUCCGUGAUGAGCAGACUCGAGAACAGCGAAGCGCUCUGUCAUCGAGUCGCUACAGAGGUGCCGCCACAGGAAUGAUUUUGAGUCCUUUGAUGCUUGGGCAGAUUCUCGCUGCUCUCGGUGUUCUGAUGGAUGCUGCUCGAUUUUCUCCAUCAUAUCUGGCUAUUCUCGCUCCAGAAGUCCUUGAGCUAGCUGUCGCAAUUGGAGCCCAGGUUGUGAACACCACUGCGCCUGCACAAGGGUCUGGCAAGCAGCCGGCCGAUGUGGUCCUGUAUGCCGCACAUGUUGCUUUGAUCAUUCUGGACGCAUCAGUUGAGCUGGAUGCGGGUCGGACAUUGGCAAUGGAACACGCGGAGCUCAUGCUUACCCUUGGGGACUGGGCGAAGAUGCUGUUUGAGAAUGAAGAGAAAGGCGUUCGUCUAGAGGGCGCGGGGAGUGUUUCAGGAGGCAAAUUGGAGCGUGUAUCCGCAUCACUUGUGCUGAAAGUCCACAAUAUUCUAGACCAAUGGCAACGAUCUAUAAUUUCGGCGAUGUAA